AUGGCUUCCUGGUGUGCUCCCCUCCUGCUCCUUGCCUGUGUGUUGGCCCUGCCUGCCCCACAUCUCACCAGGACCGUCCGAAGAGAGUCUCCCUUCAAUCAACCGGUCUUGAAUAACACCAAGUCUGCUCGGAACAUGUUAGUGGACGGUAAGGUCCGGCUGGUGAAUGGCUCCAAUCAGUGCUCUGGACGGGUGGAGGUUUGGUACCGCAAUGAGUGGGGAACGGUGUGUGAUGACAGCUGGGACAUGAGAGAUGCCUCUGUGGUGUGUAGGCAGCUUGGCUGCGGAGAUGCAGUAUCAGCACCAGGCAAUGCUUAUUUUGGAAGAGGAUCUGGGACUAUCUGGCUGGACGACGUUAACUGCAAUGGGGAGGAAAAGCUCCUCACUCAGUGCUCACUGCGGCCUUGGGGAAACCACAACUGCGGGCACAACGAGGAUGCAGGCGUUGUGUGCUCAGGUUGGCCCAGGGACUGCAGCGAGAUUCCCACUGGCAGCCCCAGUGGCGUCUACGUCAUCCAGCCCACCGGCCUGCACCCCAUCGUGGUGUACUGCGAAAUGAAUGUGGCGGGCGGGGGCUGGACAGUCAUCCAGAGGAACCGUCAGAGCACGGAGAUCACCUGGGCUGAGUCCUGGAGCACCUACAAGUACGGCUUUGGGAACGUGCGCACCGAGUACUGGCUGGGCGCCGAGUACAUCCAUCAGAUCUCCAGGCAGAAGGUCUACCAGGUCAGGUUUGUCAUCUGGGAUGCCACAAACACCAUGAAGUUUGCAAACUACAGCCUCUUCAGUGUGGAAGAUGAGUCCCGCGGCUACCGGCUGAGGCUGGGAGCCUACUCAGGGACAGCGGAGGAUGCCAUAGCCUCGAAGACUCCCUAUGCCAACCAUGACAAUAUGAAGUUCUCCACAAAAGAUCGGGAUCAGGACAUUCAUAGCGGGAACUGUGCCUCCAGCUACGGGGGCGGGUGGUGGUACUCAGCGUGUUAUUCUGUACGGCUGAAUGUGAACGGAGCCAUAACGUGGGGCAGCCUGUGCAACGGGAACUGCAAAGCUUCUGCCAUCCUCAUCAAACCAUCUCCCUACUGCUAG